CCGUCCCUCACGGGGCCGGUCGCUCACAGCGGGCGCGCGCGGCCGCCCCGCGCAUGCGGGCUGUGGCGCGGGGCGGCGCCGCCGGAGGGGCCGCGGGCCGGGGUCCGGCGGCGCUGGGGUUGCCAUGGAGCGGCAGCGCGGGCUCCGCGGCCCCUGCACCGGGAAGGCGCCGCGGAAAAAGCGCCGCGCCUCGCCCCUGCCAGGGACGGCCGCUGUCCCGGGCAGCCGGGCCGGUGUCUCCCAGAUGUGCCGGCGGCGCCUGUUCGGGAGCGCGGGGCCUCGCAGGCCCGAGGCCGCCUGUGAGCGCCUCUCCCGGGCGGCGGCGGGGCUUGGGGUGCAGGAAGCUGGGCCGGAACCGGCGGGAAAGGGUGGGAAAAAGAGGACCCCGCGCUGUGCUUUGUCCGGCCUUAAGAAAAAGUUCAGUGGGAAAUACCUACCAAAGAUUAAAGAAGAUGUUGAAUAUACUGAAGAGAGCUCUUUGUGCAACCAAAGCAAUCAAGUGACUGCCAGAGAAACAACAGACUUCAAGAUGAGAGAGGAGGAACCAGAAGAAAGCAGUGUACCACUGAAGGAAGCCAAAAUAAUCAGCUUUGAAAAUAAAGGAAGUUUCAAAAAUGCUGAAGUGACUUCAAGUACAGAAAUUACUCUUCCUACAGGUGUUUCCACCUUUCUCAUAGAGUGUUUAGAUGAAGAUUCAGCUGCAGAUUAUAGCACUGCUAGCGACAGCCUGGAGACUUAUUCAUCCCCUGAAACAUUCAGAGAUGAUGAUUUGGAAAGUUGCAAUUAUUACUCUGUGGACCUUGGCAAGUACAAGAACUCUACUCUCCUGGACUCCAGCAAAGCAGUGACCAUAGACAAGAUACCACAGAUCUCAAAUCUAUCAGCAAUAUUAGAACCUGUACCAGAGGAUUUUCCAGAUGGAUGCGUUAGAAGAAAGAAACCAUCAAAUUGCUAUUACAGUUAUUCAGCAUUAAGCAUUUCAACUACAGUGGCAGGAAAAAAACUCUGUAAAAUAACAGCUGCAAGAGAGAGAACUCCAGACCUAAAAAGUGGUAUGCGCUGUUCUUCACCGUUAGGACCGGAAAGCAAGCUUGAUAAUCAAACACCAAAAGCCAAAAGGUUGAAGAAAAAAGCAAGCAGUUUUAAUCCCUUAGAAGAAGGUUCCUCAUCGUUUAGGCAGCUUGAUACUCCAGAAAGCACAUCAGCCAGAUCAAAGGGGUUGACAGCAGAACUUCUACCAGUGAAUCCGACAGAUGCUGUGGUGCAAAUGACUUCCACCAUGCUAAUCAUGGAGGAAAAUAAAGUCCUUAAAAAUCCUGGUAAUGCUCAGCCUCUAGAACUAGAUCUUACCUUGUCACCGGUGUGUAAAGCCUCACCUGGGGAAGACCUGUUCCUGAAUACCACAAGUCCGUUUGUAAAUUCAGAAGAAAUUGUUCCAGCAUCUCUGAGCUCAGAAAAAGAAAUUGUUCCUCAAAGUCCAGAAGAAAAGAAUAUUUUAAAGCCUCUGUGUGACAGACAAGAAAUCUGCUCCAUCGUUAGACUGUCACCAGGCCCGAGGCCCUCCCGGCUCCAGCAAGUUCCAGUUAAGUGCAAAAAGUUCUGCCUUCCCAAAGGAGUGCCUGAAGAUACUAUUACAAGUACCAAAAAUUGGAUCUACUGUAAACAGAGAUGAGAUUUUUGGCUCUCAGCAGGAGUUAAUAGAAGAAAUUACUGUCUUGCUGCUUUGACAGUGUGGUAAAACAGAACUCCUAACCAGUUAAUAAUGGUUGUAUUUUUUGCAUGCAUGCAUGUUGUUUGAAAUUUAUAUUAUCUGUUUCAGUAAGCUAGUAAAUACUCAAAUACUUUAUAUUAAAUUAUUUUGUACAGCAGCUAGAUCCUGUUCUGGGCAUUAUUCUGUAAGGAUUCCAUAAAGAUGAUUCUUCAGUUUGUUUAGAUUUUUAAACAGUGUGACUGAAGAACAGCAGACCAAAGUGCUUUAAUAGAAUUACUUUUGGCUCUCCCUGCCAAGAUUUCUAGUUUUCUCUAGUAGCAUUAGCAGCUAAAUGACCUGUUUCAGUGUUAACAUUGGCUGUGAAGGUAACUGCAUGUGCUGGGAGUGGCUGUGAAAGCAUUCAUGUACUCUUGGGGACCCAGAAGUCGAUAGUAUGCCUCCCUUAAACUCCUUGAAUGCUUGGGUCUGCUGAACUUUGAAGGAACAGGACUGUGUGUUCUGCUGUAAUUGGAUUUCUGAGCAGGAAUACAGGUCAUCUUCACCCCAUCAUCACUGUGAGUUGGCUCUUAAUGAUCAGCACUGUCACCAUUCUGAGCACAUCCACUGCCCAGCCACUGCCAUCUCAGAGUCCUUCCUGUUUCAUCUCAGGUAUUUUGUAAUAUCACAUCUCUCAGUCAUUGUUUUUUCUAGUGGCUUCAGACAGACAGAGAAAGUAAAUGCCUUUCAUGAACAGAAUGGUGGGAAAAACCCUUUUAUAGCUGAACUGUUUGAAGAGAUGGAUAUUGACCUUCUGGAUUUUCAGGCUGCUGCUCACUCUGUGUCCAUACAAGUCAAAUUCACAGUGCUUCCUGCUCAACUUGUAGAUUGUUAAUUCAUAAAUGUUGUUUUUAAUGUGCUGAAUGUCUCAGAAAAGACUGUCAAGAACAUGGUUUUUUCCACUUGAAUUCAUUGCACAUUAAAGUAAUUUGGACCCCUACAGUGUUCUCACUACAA